AUGGCGGCCAACGGUGACGUCUCCGUGCCCCGCUCCGAGUCCCCCACUGGAUCGCCUCGAUCCGCUUCCAUCUCCCUACAGGCCGCAGCAGCUAUCAACUCCGGCCUUCACCGAGAAACUUCACGCAGUACAGCUUGGCCUUGUGAUAUACAUGGCUCGAUUCCGCCUUCUCAACCCUUUAUUCUUAUUCCGUCUCUAACCACUGAACCUUCUCCAGGAUCCUCCAACAGCUCCCUCCCCCGCGGCUUCCCUUCUCCCUCCUCCGGUCGGCGACGAUCAACCAUCCUCAUGAACCUCCAGCUCAACGACCCGUCGGUGCCCGCGCCGGGCGAGAUGUUUCAACAGGAUCCCAUACGGGCGAGCCCGCAGCCCAUCAGCGGCGCUGGCCUGCCGCCAGACACGAGCCGUCACCACAGAACUCCAAGCUUGGGCGAGCUUCACCAAGAGCUUGAGGCAGAGCAGGAGGGCCACGUCAAUCGACUGCUAAACAUGAUCCGGCAACAGCAGCUGGAGCUUCAGCGCCUUCAAGCAAGCCACCCACAAGCAGUUGCUGCUGACGAGGCUGCCGCAGGCUCCGAGAGAGCACCUCGAUCGCUGCCUGUUCCCGUCCCCAUUAAUACUCAAUCUCCAACCGGCAACCACGUCCCGUCAGCGUCCAGCUCCUCCUUUUCCCGAUCGCCAAUCUUCCCCCACCACCGAAACUCCAUGGAGAUGGCCCGCGCCGACAUGCAGCGCCGGUCUAGGACGCCGAGCAGAAACGCCUCACCCCGCCUGCGGGCAACAUCCAUCAGCGCCGAGAGCGGUGACUGGUCCCUGUUCCGUGAUGAGAGCGCUUUCUAUCAAGCUGAGACGCAGAUGUUGACGCGCGAGAAUCAGAUGCUCCGGCAUCGGAUUCGUGAAUUGGAAAAACAAGUCAACGACUUAUCAACCAGCUCUCCCAUACCAAACGAGCCUUCAGUAUCUUCUAAUCUCAGUCGAGCAUCAACCUCGGCUGAAGAGGUCGAGCCUGCAGCAUAG